AUGUCAUCUGUGGUGGCAGUGCAGUUUCAUCGGUCCAAAGGUAGAUUGCUCAGUUUCUCCCGGGAUCGUGUUCUUCGGAUAUGGGAUGUUCAGCUUCAAGUUUGCCUUCAGCGAAUCACCGGUGUAUUUCCCAAAGGCAUAGAUGUGGUAUCUCGAAUGUUUUUUCACGAGGAGAAACUGCGCUUGUUCCUGACAUUCAAUAAUUCCCUGACCAUGUUGGAAAUGAAAGUGAAGAUUCGGGAUCGUAUUUUCAGUCACGAGAAACCGAUAGUUGGUGUUGUUUUCAAUUCCAUUUUUAAUCAGAUUGUUUCCGCUUGCCAAAGUGGCACAAUUUCUUACUGGCUGGUGGACAGUGGUCAACGAGUGAAAAACAUUGCUCGAAGUCACAACGAUGCUGAACUGACUUGCCUGGUUCAGGACCCAACUGAGACUCGACUAUUCACUGGCAGUACCGACGGGACAAUUAAGAUAUGGGACAUGAAUGGCUAUUGCCAUCACACGCUUAUAUGUUUCGGUGGUGCUCAUGCGGAAGUCGGACAGGUUGUGAUUCUCAAACGGGCUGUGAUUGUAAUGGGAAGUUCGAAUCAUUUCACCGUGUUCCGAACAACAAAUUUUCGUGAUCACUAUGUCUAUCCUUCCGAAUGGAAAGGCGGUCCGGAACACAGUGACGAUGUGCUGACGGGAGUUGCACUGCCACCCAACGGUUUGAUCACCGGGUCAUACGAUGGUGAACUGGUGGUGUGGAAUACCAAUUCAGAGUUGGCUGCCCGGCGAAUGACACAAAGAUGCAAACGAAUGAGUAAUGAGGGAAGUAGUGGCAAAUCAGUAGUUCUGUUGACCGUUUCUAUUCAACUGAUUUUGCAGACUAGUCGAUUCUUAGAAAAACAUAUCUUGUUUCAAUGGUGUAAAAUCUUUUACUCAAAUACUGUAGGUAACAGUCAAACUAUUGUGUUUCCGUUACAGUCGUCGGAUUUCCUCUUCAAUAUCUCUCGUCUCGUACUGCUGUCUACUCGGAAACAUAUAAGUUCUGGAAGUCAAAAAGGUGCCAAUAUUGUAUCUUGCGGUGGAAAUGGGAUCGUACGAUUUUGGAACGCCUAUGCAUGUAUUCUGGUUGGAGAAUUUACCGCUCAUCAAAACGUUGCUCUUUUGUUGUUGAUAGCUAGCAGUAUCAUUAUGAACGUGGAUCCAACCAAUGAAUAUCUUGCAACCGGAGACGUGGAAGGCACCGUCAAAGUUUGGAAUAUCAAAGACUACUGUAUGACCGAAGCUGAGUAUGAAGUGACGGAACCACCAGAACUUCUUUGUCAAUGGACAGCCCACGUGGAUCUGAUCAGUGGUUUGGCUUUUUGUACCCGAUUCGAAAGGCGUGUAUUCCUCGUCACUAGCUCCACUGACUGUUCAGUUAUUUUGUGGACUUUGGAAGGUGUGAAAAUUGGAGUAUUCGGUCAAGAGCUGCGCUGGAAACUGGAACAAAUGCAAAGAGAUAUCGGUGCAGUCUCUUUGGCAAGUACAGAAACCUCACCGACACAGGGUCCGAUUGAUAACUUGUUGGAAGGCGCGCAGGUUCACGAAUCGAAGGAACGCGAAGAUUCCAUUGAAUCGUGUCCGUCUCCACCACCGGAAUUCCGUGUGGACAAUAUCGAAUCUUUCUCCGAGAACGCUUCACUGACUGAGAUAUGCAAUAUUCUCAGCUGUUAUCGUGUCAACGCCUGGGGUCACACAUUGCUUGGCAAGGAAUAUCAAGAAAUGCGAGUCCGUAAACGUCAACGCAGACAACCUCAAACAAUCCCUGACUUACCAUAUUUGUACGGAGAACGAUACGGCCGACCAAAUUACGGUCCAUAUUACUCGUUGCAAUUGAGCUCAUUUGAUCCGGUACAAGAUUUGGAACAGCCAGACUUCAUGGAACAUCCGGAAGAUUACUUUACCGACCGGGAGGAAUAUAUUGCGAUAUCAAAUGAAACAGAACUUCCUACGUUACCGGAGAGUUCGGACUCCAACACGCAUGGGCAACACAAUGCAUUUAAAGAUAAAGUAUUAGAACCGAAGCACAAAUUUGACGAAGAGUCCCUAUUCCCCGGUUAUUUGUUACAAUUCGAUGAACAAAUGAAACGGGUGAAUCAGUUUAUACGGCAAAGAACACCGAAACACCCCUCUACCCGCCGAGCUACAUCUGAGCGUUCCGUUCGCACCAUGGACACAAUCCGGGGAUUACCGACACUGAGUCCAGACCUAAGCCAACUCGAUGAAUUCCAACAAACGACCACAUCCAAAGUGCAAGGCUAUAAACAGAUUUUGACGCAAUCGGCCACAUUCAACUGA